AUGUUGAAAGCCGAGGUUGUUAAGUUGGUAUCUGGUGAUGGAAAAUUCAAAUCUUUGGUACCAAUAGGCUCUAAAACGAUACUAGUUGUUCAACAGAAUGGUGACUUCUGGGUUUAUUCUGCCAAUGAAGAUGAAGAGUCAGGUAUUCAACUUUUACAUAAAUAUCCGAGUUUGUUGGAGGAACAUUAUGAAGUCCAGAGGUUAAAAUAUUCAGCUCAGUUGGAUACUGUAUUUGUGAAAUGCGAGAGGUGUUUUGUUUUGCUACAUGCUUGUAAUUUGCAGCAAUAUGAUAAAAUUGUCGAUAAGAGAGGUAUCGACAAGUUUUGGUUGCUAGAAAAGGGUCUGGAGAACGGUAAGGAGGAGAUGACUGUACUAUUUUACUCGAUUAAAGGUUCUUCAAAAUUUAAAAUGCUCACUUGGAUAGAUGGUCAGUUUCGGUCUAUUCAGGAGCUGACCUUGCCGACCAAAUCAGAAGUUUUGAAAUCUACUUCGAUUGGAGAUACAGGUUGCGUUAUAGUAUCAUCGACAGCUGUUUAUCUUUGUACCUAUAUGAGUUCAGAGCUUACCAAAAUUGAGAAAAUUAUCAAACCUAUAUGGUCUAAGGAGCUGUAUGAUUUGGUUAAAGAAUUAGAAUUGACCCAAACUGAGGUCAGAGUCCUAUCCAAAAGUACUUUUGAUGAUGUAAAGUCGAUACUUUCUACUGAGAGUCCUUCUCAAAUUUCUAGAAAAACUACCUUAACGAGUCUAUGGUUCAAAAAGACGAAUGGAAGGUCAUUCAAGGACAUUAGAUUUACUUUUCAGCCAUCGGAUUGUUGUCACCCAGUUGUAAUGGACGGAAAAACUGAGAUGCUAUCCAAAUUAGAUAUAAGGAAUAAUGGAUUAGGUUACAUUACCAUUCUUGAUAAUAAAAGAUUUUUCGAUAGAAACAGGGAUUUUGAUUAUAUGCAGUUUUUUGCAUGUCGUUUUCUAGUUAUAAACAACCAAAAUACCAUUCGAAUUGUUGAUUAUAACCAAGGCUUCGUUUUUCUGGAAAUAUUUGUAGAAAAAGAGAUCAGGAAGGUUUUCAUAAUGUCAACUUCCUUUCUUUUGGUGUGGACUAUGUCGAAUGAUUUAGAGAUGUAUCGAUUAUCUGUCGAGGAUUCUUUAGAGGCCUCAUUUACACAAGAAAGCAAAUCGAUUUAUGAAUACACAGAGGCCAAUCAAUAUGAGGCAUUGCAGAGAAAUAUUACAUUUUAUGACAGUAUAUUAGAUCCUGGCGUCUCAUUAGAUAUUUUCGGGUUGGCAGAGUCUGAUAACAUUCAUGAGUGUUUGGAUAAAUAUUCUUUCAAACUGCGAGACCUAAAUAUUUUAUUUGCUCUAAAAUCCUAUGAGAAGUUUGAGACAUUGCUUGCUGUUGAUGCAAUAAAAAAGCCUGAUGAUCAGUUCGCACAGCUUCCAGAUCUACUCGUUAAGCGUAUUUUUGAAACAUUCAUUGAAUGCUUGGCUCCUCCAGAAUUGGUUAUUAAACGCUGCUUACCGCCCACGAUCUCAUUCACAAUUGAUAAACUUUCUACCUUCCAUACGUCUCCACCCAGCAAUAUGCAACCCGAAUUAUCCAAGAAACUUAUUAACCGUUGUUGUCUACCUUACCUUACUGAUAUCAGGAGGAAUUUGCAUAACUUGCAGCGGGCAGGUCCCAAUGGCACAAUUAGUUGGAAAUAUCGCUCGCAUUCGAUUAAAGUAGAUUUGGAAUUCUUUCAGGUUGGUUCAACUUUGCGUCUUGAUCUUUCCAAACUACUAACAGGAAUUGAUACCGUUUUGUUCCAGAUUUAUGUACACUAUAACAAAACUUUAGUAGGUCCCUUAAUCAGAGUGCAAAACAACUGCGAUUUCAAAACAGUCGAAGAAUCGUUAAAAUCCAAUCAAAUGUUUCAGGAAUUAAUUGAUUUCUAUUAUAAUAAAGCAGAGCAUGAUAAGGCAUUACAAUUAUUAACACAUUUAUCUGAUUAUGUUGAUAAAAACUUCACUGCCCAAAAGGUGCAUGAAGAAAUCAAGAAUUUAGUUAUAGAUUAUUUGCGCAAAUUGCCAGCCCAAUAUCUAGAAAGUAUUUUUGAAUACACUGACUGGUUACUGAAGCACUUUAAAGAUAAGGAGUAUAUUAUCUCCAGUAUAUUUAUGAAUGAUACACCUUUAUGUGGUACCUAUAACUAUGAGUUAGUGUACAACUAUAUUAACAAGUACGAAGACUCACUGUCAUUGACUUAUUUGGAAUACAUUGUUAAUAUUUACCAUCAUAAGGACCCAAAAAUCUUCAACUAUUUGAUUAUGAGGUAUAUACAAAAUAUUGAUGAAAAAAUUUAUGACAAAAAGUUAAAAGCAAUAUUAAGAACCACUUCAUACUAUGAACCUCGUGUUGUAUUAAGAUAUUUGUCUUCUGCACUUGAAGGUGAUACGUUAAACCCAGAAAAGGUAAAGCUUCUUAAGUUAUUGAAGAUAUACCCUCUCCGAAAACUGGGCGAGCAUGAUGCUGCAUUGAGUAUAUUAAUUGAUGAUUUAGGGAACUACCCGCAAUCAUCAUCAUACGGCAACGAAUUAUUUGCCUCUGAUAAGAGGCUUGGUCGGAAGAUUUUGAUGUCGUUAUUUGAAAAGUUGUUAUCAAAAGUUGAUUUCAAUGGCUGGAAGAAUUUGCACUUGUUUCUUAUCGAGAAUGGUUCCAAAUUAGAUCCUAUAAGCUUGUUCGAGAAGUUGCCUCCAGAUAUCCCAAUUAACAAUCUGAAAGAUUUUUUGAGCCGAAGGAUUAAAAACUCUUCAAUGAAGAAGAAUCAGUCUAGAAUAAAGAGUAAUUUAUUAAGGGUAAAUCUUAUAGAAUGCACCUACAAAUCUUCAAGGCUUAGCUCAGAUUUUGUCAUCAUUAAUGAUGACAGCAAAUGUUAUGUUUGCCACAAAUAUUUAAAUAUCGGUACCAGCGAAUGGCUUUCUUUAUUCAAGAUCGGAGAUCACAAUGUUGUUGCACACUAUAACUGCGGCCGUUCUCUUCAUGGAAAAUUGUUGACCGAAGAUCGUGAAUUUAACGUUCUGCCAACUAUCAAAACAUUGGGGGAGUACAAAUAUUCACAAGGAAAUAUAUCUUGA